GAUUCGAGCGUUUAGUGCGAGAAGCGUGAGGAUGCUGCUCGCGGCACUGCUGGUGGCAGCAGGCUGUUGCUGCAGCCUCGUGGCCGGCAGGGCUGAACCCGAUCCCGCCUUCGAUUUGUCGAGAUUCAAGAUCCGCGACGAGGAAACCAAGUGUUACGAUAAUGCUGGCAAGCCACAGCGAUGCAUACCGCCGUUCGAGAACGCAGCGUUCAACCUGCAAGUCGAGACGACCAACACCUGCGGCCAAGACGGACGCGUCACGAACUUUUGCAAGCAGACGGCCAUAGACAAGAAAUCGUGCGAUAUCUGUUACGACGGCGAUCACCCGGCGAGCUACAUCACCGACUACGACAACGAAAAGAAUCCGACUUGGUGGCAAUCUCAGACCAUUUUCGAGGGGGUACAAUAUCCCAAUCAGGUCAACCUUACCCUCAACCUUGGCAUGGCCUUCGACAUAACGUAUGUGCGCCUGAUCUUCGAGUCGCCGCGCCCGGAAAGUUGGGCGAUCUACAAGAAGAAAAACGAGAAUUCGCCUUGGGAACCUUAUCAGUACUAUUCGGCAACGUGCCGCGACACUUACGGCCUACCCGAACUGAAAGAGACAGUACGCGGCGACGACACGCGUGUACUUUGUACCAGCGAGUAUUCCGACAUUGUACCGUUGUCAAAAGGCACUGUGGCGUUUUCAACUUUGGAGGGACGACCAUCGGCAUAUAAUUUCGAAACUAACCCCGAUCUGCAGGAAUUCGUACGAGCGACAGGGUUGAGAAUCACUCUGGAUCGACUGAACACCUUUGGUGAUGAGAUUUUCAAUGACGAGCAGGUGCAGCAGUCGUAUUAUUAUGCCAUCUCCGAUAUAGCCGUUGGUGCUCGUUGCGCUUGUAACGGCCACGCCGGGGAGUGCGUCAACAGUACUAGCGUCGACGGACGCGUGAGGCGAGUCUGCCGCUGCGAGCAUUACACCACCGGACCAGACUGUAGCGAGUGUCUGCCGUAUUACAACGAUGCGCCAUGGGGUCGUGCUACUACCGCCGAUCCACACGAAUGCAAACCCUGUAAUUGCAAUGGCUACUCCGAGCGCUGUUUCUUCGACAAGGAAUUGUACAAACUGACCGGCCACGGUGGUCACUGUCUCGAUUGCGGCCACAAUCGCGACGGUGCCAAUUGCGAACGCUGCCGAGAGAAUUACUACGCUCGACCCGAGGACGGAUACUGUGUAGCUUGCAACUGUAACGAGAUUGGUUCGAGAAGCUUGCAAUGUAACUCCGAGGGUAAAUGCCAAUGCAAGCCGGGAGUGACGGGCGACAAAUGCGACCGUUGCGCGCCAAACUUCUUCGACUUCAGCGGGCACGGUUGCACAUCCUGCGACUGCAACGAGGCCGGCUCGUUGGCCAAUCAGCCGAGCUGCGAUGCGGUCACUGGCACGUGCAUUUGCAAGGACAACGUCGAGGGCAAACGCUGCCGAGAGUGCCGACCGGGCUUCUUCAACCUGGCCGAGGACAACGAGUUCGGCUGCACGCCGUGCUUCUGCUACGGACACUCGUCUCUCUGCUCCACUGCCAGCGGCUACUCCCGCACCAACGUCGAGACCGCCUUCGUGCGCGGCACCGAUAAGUGGUCGGCCAAUGUAGCCGGUAACAACGUGCCUGUGCAGUACGAUUCGAUCGCGCAGGCGAUUACCGUGACCGCGCCCGAUCGCGACAACGUCUAUUUCCUUGCUCCCGAGAGAUUCUUGGGUGAUCAGCGAGCUUCUUACAACCAGGAUCUGUCUUUCGUUCUGAGAAUCAGCGACAGUGGACCAGCUCCCACCGCUCGAGAUGUCAUUCUUGAAGGUGGAAACGGUCAGCAGAUCACGCAACCUAUUUUCGGUCAGAACAACCGUCUGCCAAGCACUGUGCCACACGAGUACUCGUUCCGACUGCACGAGCAUCCCGAGUACAACUGGCAACCGCAACUGUCCGCGCGAGCUUUCAUAUCGAUAUUGGCUAAUCUCACCGCCAUCAAGAUCCGUGGCACUUACAAUCAUCAAGGAAAGGGUUGGUUGGACGACGUAAGGCUUGAGACUGCUCAUAGCGGCACAGCUGGCGAGCCCGCCGACUGGGUUGAGCACUGUACCUGCCCUGCUGGCUACGUUGGUCAAUUCUGCGAGUCUUGCGCCCCGGGAUACCAUCACAAUCCACCCAAUGGCGGACCUUUUGCUUUUUGCGUGCCUUGUAACUGUAAUGGCCACGCUGACAUCUGCGAGGCUGAGACUGGCCAGUGUAUUUGUCAGCACAACACCGCUGGAAGCAAUUGCGAGCACUGCGCUCGUGGCUUUUACGGUCAUCCGUUGAGAGGAACGGCUGACGAUUGCCAACCUUGUCCGUGUCCCGACAAUGGCUCCUGUAUUCUCCUCGGUGACAAUCCUGAUCCUAUUUGUUCGGAAUGUCCCGUCGGAAGAACUGGUCCUCGUUGCGAGACUUGUUCGGACGGCUACUUCGGACACCCAGAGAAAGGAAUUACUUGCAAGCCUUGCGAGUGUAACAACAACAUCGACCUUAAUGCGGUGCGCAAUUGUAAUCAGGAGACCGGUGACUGUCUAAAGUGUGUCAACAACACUGCUGGAAGGCAUUGCGAGGAGUGUCUACCAGGAUACUACGGCGACGCAUUGUCCGAGAGGAAAGAAGACGGCUGCAAACUCUGUCAGUGCUACCCACCGGGCACGCAAGAAACCGAAGAUCGCGGAGUUGCUCCUUGCGAUCAGUUCACUGGACAUUGCUUCUGUAAACCUCACGUGAUUGGACGGAACUGCGACAAAUGCGAGGAUGGAUAUUACCAAAUCAACAGCGGAGAGGGCUGCGCUGCUUGUAACUGCAAUCUUGAAGGCUCGUACAACCGAACUUGCGAUGCGAUUACUGGUCAGUGUCAAUGUAAGCCAGGAGUUACUGGCCAACGAUGCGACUCUUGCAUGCCUUAUCAGUUUGGAUUCAGCCGCGAGGGUUGCAAGCCCUGCGAUUGUGACAAAAUCGGCUCGCAAGAUUUACAGUGUGAUGCCAACGGGCAGUGUCCUUGUUUGACCAACGUCGAGGGCAGGACGUGCGACCGCUGCAAGGAGAACAAGCAUAAUCGUCAAUAUGGUUGUAUCGACUGUCCACCCUGUUACAACCUCGUACAGGAUGCAGUCAACGAACAUCGUGAUCGUCUCGCUUCUCUUGAAGAUACUCUUCGUAAGAUCAAGAACAAUCCGACCGUCAUCAACGAGGAUGGCUUCAAACAGAAACUCAAAGACGUACAAAAUCGGGUACGCGAGCUACUUGAACUUGCCAAGACUGGCUCUGGAACUGAAGACAAGAAGUCGUUGGUCGAGCAACUUGACGAGCUUCACGAGCAACUACACGAUAUCAACGAGACCAUUCAGAAUAUUGAUCAAACUGCUAUCGAAGCUAAUCGUACAACUUCGCAAGGCCGAAUGAGCAUCGAUGAAGCGGAGAAAGUUCUCGAUAAAAUCUUGGAACAGUUGACGGAAGCUGAAGACUACUUGGCGAUCGACGGUCAGACUGCAUUGGCCGAGGCUAAAAAGCGAGCGGAACACGUUGGACAGCAAAACGAACAGAUGACACUGAUUGCCCAAGAAGCUAGAUCUGUUGCUGACACGAAUCUCAAGGAAGCCAAGAGGUUGCAAGUAGUCGCCGAGCAGGCAAGAAAUACUUCGCUUGAAGCUUACAAUUUGGCAAAGAAAGCUAUCGCUAAGUACACGAAUAUAAGCGAGGAAAUCAGAUCAUUGGAGAGUAAAUUAGUGGCUCUGGAAGACCGUUACGGAGACGUCGAGAAGCUCACUGCCACAGCUGUAGCCAAGUCCGAAGCUGUUUCUAAGGAAGCCCUCGGACUAUUGAUACUUGGAAUUUCACUGCCGGACGUCAACGUUACCGGGCUACAAUACCGCAUCGAUGAAAUAAACAAGGACGCUAUGAAUAUCAAAGAACAAGCUCGAGUACUCCUCGAGGAGAAUGGAGAUCUGAUCCGCGACAUCGAAGAUAAGGUGAGAAAGAGCGAAGAGCUAUUGGAUAAAGCCGAAGAUCAGCAGGGGGAAACCGCUGAACUGCUCGCCGAAGUCGACGACGCUAAUAAUAUCGCUAAGAAUGCUGUUAAUCGUGGAACGCAGACCUUGAGGGAAGCUCAAGAUACCUACCAAAGGCUUAGUGUGUUCGACAACGAGGUACAAGCAGCACGCACAAAGGCCGACGAAGCAAUGAGGGGCGUCAACGAGAUACAAAAAUUAGAUCUAAGCGCAAGAGAAAAAUCUCAAGAGAUCCAUCAAAUGUUGCAAACUUCGGAGCAAAAUGCCAAAAGAGCACGCGAGAUCGCUCAGAAUGCGCAGUCGAAUGCGAACAACGCCAGUGCCAUGGCUAACGAGAUACGGCAGGAGGCUAACAAGACCAAAGCUGAAGUCAUCAAGCUUGGUCUCGAAGCUGAUAAGCUGCACUUGAGAGUCAAUGCCACUGACAAUACCAUCAGGCAAUACGAGGGUAGGAUUCAGAAGGAUGCCGAGAGUACUGCACAGGUGAAACGGAAAGUCGGACAGGCUAAGUCGAACGUAACAGGAGCAUCGCAACAAGUCAUCAAAGCGUUGGAGGAAAUCGCUGAAAUUACGAGAGAACUCGAAGCACUUCCCGAUAUCAACAACGCCGACUUGGAUCGACUGGACGACCGCUUGAAGAAAGCAGCGGAAGACAUAAAACAAGCCGAUCUGGACCAACGAAUUCGGGCACUCACCGAGGCAAAGAACUUGCAAACGCAAUGGGUGAAGAAUUACGAGGACGAGGUGAGCCGACUGCGCGAAGAGGUGGACAACAUCAGCAACAUGCGCAGCGUACUUCCGUCGCGCUGUUAUAAGAACGUGCGUCUUGAGCCUCAAUAAGACCACCGCCGUCGAGAUGAAAAAACAACCCGCAUCGUGUCAUCUUUAUUGCGUGCCAUUCGAUACUUAAAGGGAGGCUUAACGGUAUGUCUCUGUGUGUCUGCUUUUGUGUGUGCCCCUACGCUCACACGGCAUAAUAUCCUUCAUCCUCUUCUUCUUUUCCUGUUUCUUCUUCUUCUUCUUACGGGGACGAAGCAUGUUUUGUGUUUAUUUAAAUCCUCUCGUCUGAUUUCAAGUAGUUUUGUCUCUCUUGUGUUUUUAUUUAUAACUUUUUCGCGAAAUCCAAACGUGUCAUUCUUAUGCGAUAGCAUUUAGUAAUUCUAGGGUGCCUUUAUAAAUCGAUAUUAUCUAUCGAUCAAAUGUCAUUAGAUAACAUACUUUUCUCUUUUUUACGUGUACAAGUAGUUAGAGGACAAACAAACGAGUAAAUGAGAGUAAUUGAUUGUAAAACUGACUGCGGGAUGAUUUAUUUCAUGUACAUUAUAUCCACUAGAUGAUUGUUCUAUAUUUUAAGUGUAACUUUAAUGAAAAGAAAAACAUCCGCUGCUUCUUUUUUUAAUGUAAUUCCAGAAAGCUUAUUUAAACGUCGCGCAAUUUCUUUUAUAAACGAACGGUGCGAACAAUUGCAAUAUUUUAAGUAUCAUACCAAAGAUCUUUCUUUUCUUUUUAUCAUGCGAUUUUUAAAAAUAGACAAAGUAUAUAACAGAUAAAUUUAUACACUGCAUUUUGAAAUGCCACACUUUGUGUGCACCAAUAUAAUAUAAUGUUGCCUUGGAUUUUUUAGAGCUUUGAUUUAUAUCAGUCUUUACAAAUACGUCUCAAGCACAGCAACCAUUUUUUUCUAACAUUUAUAAUUUUUUUAUAUUGCAAUAUUGUAUUCAACUAUUUUACUAUUUUAUACCAAUUAGCCUAGUACAAAAUGUAGAACGAAGAAAUAUAAUUCGAGAAAUAAAGUAAUUUAAUUAGGAAGGACGUUUUUUCAUUGCUUUUUAUCUACCCUUUCUAUCCUUUCAAAGUAGAUGUAGCUUUAUUUCUUUUCUUUGAAGUAUGAUUAAAAAGGGGAGGUGGAAAACUUUAUAAAAAUAUUAUAUUAGUAGCAAUUACUCGAACAAUAAGUCCAAAAAAAGCUUAUAAAUUUAAUACAUUCGUGUAUGAAAUUUACUUUGAUUAUUUGUUGAGUUGGAUUCGAUUGCAAUGCAUCUAUAUUGCGUAUUGAUGAAAUAAUGACUAGACUAAGCUAGCAAAAUAAUAAUUAAAUAAAACAAUAAUAAAAUCUCUCUUUUGAAUAUCUAAACUACAAGUACAAGUAAACACGACAUGCAUCAAUUGUUAAAUUAUUCCUAUAAAUAUUUUAUUUCAUUCAGAAGUAUACAUUGUAAAAUGCAUACAACUUUUUUACUCAGCUAAACACAUUAUUCUACUCUAAGACGUUGAAAUCUACACUUGAAUAAUAAUGCAAUGAAAACCGUUUCUCGCCCUUUCAAUAACUCUUGGCUUCUUUCCGAUCGGUGGUAAAAUGAAAUAUUUUGAGUCGUUAUACAGAAAAAUUUGCAUUGGAGGAAUGAAGGCAUAAUUUAGGUCAAUACACAUAAUUGAUAAUAAAUUUAAUGUAUAAUAAUUCAACAAAAAUACAAAAAAAUGUUUCAAGCUUAUUUUGGGAAAUAGCUUAAACUAGCGAUUUUAUUGAAUGUUAUGAGAAUUGCUAAUUAUUCCUAUGGAGAACACUUCCAUUGUUAAACUAAAGUACGUGAAAAAUAUUCAUUUCUAACGAGCUACCUAUUACAGUAAAUAAUUGUAUCACUGACUAGCUACUUACAGCAGUAGUUCUAAAGCUAUACUUCGUCAAAUUAAGUAUUAUUCAUCGAUAUGUAUACAAAUAAUGCUUAUUACGCUAAUGCAGUAAUCAUAAUAAUUUAGAAUUGCUAAUUGUUUGUUAUGACUAGAGCAAUCAAAAAAGAUCGUAAAAAAACAUUUUUUACGUUGCGCUAAAUUGAGAACACAGUAUUGAAGAGCAAUCAUAACAAAGAUUAAUUAAGUACCGUAAAGGCAUUUCGUAUAAGGACAAAAGAAAACGAUGAAUUGUUGUGUCUGUCAAACGUUUGCGUGACAAUCGAAAAAUAAACACCAUUUACAUCUUAACAACAGUCACAAAAUAAUGGCUUUCCUAACUCUUAGGCUUAACAUCUUAACUCCUAGUAUCUCAACAACCAUGUUUUACGUUAUGUGUUAAUAUAUAUUUUCUUUUUUUUCCGGAACAGUGUUAUUCCAUUUUAAUAGUCAAACGUCAUACACAAAAGCAUUUCACAUGGUUUCGUGUUCAUCAUGUUCGUUCCAAAAAAAAAAAAAAGAAACAGCCGCCUUGAUCUUCAUUUGUAUUUUCCUUACUCUCUUCUAGGCGUACAUUGAUCAAUUCUGCAUAGCCAGCAAAAGUAUGUAGAAAAAAGUAUUUCGUUAAAAAUCACAAGAUAUUGAUUUUCGUUAUUCUUUGGCGUCGUCUAUGGCAUUGCUUCGAAAAAAAGUAUGUCGUUUUGAGAUGUGAUUAAAUACAUAUGCACGUUGAUUCAUUGUGCAAAUUCGCUUUGUUUCUGCCUCUUCUUCCUUUUUUGGCAUACAUUGGACAAUAUAUUUUGGCAUAUGACACAGUACUAAGAAAUAUAUCGAUGCUGCUGCUAUAUGCUAAUAUUAUUUUUUUUUUUCGUUUAUUUCAAGUAGUUGGCUAUUAUUUAGGCAAUAUUACUAUGAUCAAUAAAUGUUUUCUCUUUUCACCAUAAAAUUAUUGAGUCUCAGAAAACGAGUGAAAACUGCUCGAUCUGUAGGUAUACGUUGAGGAUAAGUAAUCGUGACCAUCAUCUACUUCGUUCUUUCCUGCAAAAUAUAUCAUUUUUAGCUUUUUCUCUUGAUUGUAUAUAAUUUUGGAAAGAGACUAUCGCAGCUUAACCGAUAGUUUUGUAUCAAUAAAGGAUUAAUAUUAAAACGUAUUGAGUAUAUUGGAUAAUUUGAAGAUUAUAGAAAAAUGUUUGUAUUUCGUGUUAGUAAAAAUGAAAAGUUUGAUGAUUUUUCAUCCCCGAAGCUUUCGACUGUCUCUUAAUUCCGCUCGACUAUUAAUCUAUAGUUUGGCUAUUGACAUUUUUAUAAAGUUCUCAUUGGGCGUUGACUUGAAAACGAAACUAAAAGUCCGUCAGGCUCGAAAUCCAUGACGAAGUUCAU